CGGAUUACAGUCACGGAAAAUGGAAUGUGGUCUAGCAGUUUAAAAUGUUAAUCCAUACGAGAGUUCUUGUUUGUUUCCAAGCAUUUGGUAAGAAGUCGACAUAUUAGUUGUUUCUUAGUAAACGGUUCGCUGAUAAGCCUUGAGGGCUUGAUGAUAUGUUUAACCUCAGUUGAAUUAAAUGUGUAUUCCAACAAGAUAUUCGAUAAGCCUCUUUAACCUGAAACACACAAAAUUAAAUCUUAUGGAAAAUUAUUAGAUUAAUGGGCUUUCUUAUGAUUAACAUCACAGCAAAUAAUCGUAGCGUAAUUGCGUCUAAUAUAGUUGAUAUGUACACAUAACGAACAAUAAUACAUACAUUUCAAAUAUUUUUUUUAUUUUAAAAUUUAAUAAUGUUAAACAUAUUAAACAAACAUUUUUUUCUAUAGAAGUACUAUGUUAUUUCACUUUUCAAAUGAAGAUUAUUUGCAUGCAAAAAAGAAAAGAACACGUACAUUGCCAUCAUAAAUUUAAAAUGACACUAAUUUGGACUUAGGCUUGCAAGUGUUCAGGCGAUCUUAUGGCCAAAAUCUCUAGGACAAUUAACUUUCUAAAGACAAAAGGAACGGAGUGCGCAACGCCUGAACUGUUGUGUGAUUUUCUUUUACAGUUUUAUAUAGUACCAUAAAGUACUAAUUCAAAAUUGACGUGUGUAUGUGGAAAUUAAUGUUUUGGACUAUCAUACUAUGAAACAUCUAUAUUACAUUAUAGUAGGAUAUAUAUCCCAUGAUGACGUCGCAAGACGAAAACUCAAGGCUUGGGGUUUCUUUUUGUUUUAAUGUGGGAUAAGCCGGUUUGCUCGUCUUUGCAUUGUUGAGGAUUGAGCUCCAGUCCACAAACUUUUUUUUUUUAAUUGACCCCAUUUAGAGUGCUCGGACACCCACAUAAAAACGACAUUAUUCAUAUGUAAAAUUAAAAACAAAAAAAAGUAAUUUCAACUGUGUUAUCUUUCCCUCCCCCCCCCCCCGCAAGUUUCCAUCAGCCUGUGCAAGAUGCUGGUUUCGAAUUUCAGCAAGGUUCAAGACACGUUGAUUGACAUGACGUACUUAAACAUCACAUACUUAAAUGUGAACAUCAUCAUAUGUGCCCAGCGCUGUCUCAGUUUAUCGAAUGUUACGUGUUACAGUUUUACCUACAGCAAUAUCACACGGCAAUGUCAACUUGGUAAUUAAAGAUAUUUAUUUUAUUUAUUUUUCAAAUAUGUCUUUUAAAGCAAAAAAAUAAUAUAUACUUUUCAUGUCAAUAAAUAUAUAUAUUUUUUUUUAAUACAUUUUUUUAGCAGUAUAAAGUUAGUAGUGUUUUUACAAGUAUAUUAAUAAACUACCUUAAAAAUAAAAGUAAAAAAAUAAUACAUACAAAUGUAUUUUAAAAUAAAUUAAAUGUUUUCGCUAAAACUUGCCAAGAAGGCCUCUGCAGUUCAAGUUUAUUAUGAACUAUUAUCUUUGUAACUUUGUUAAGGCAGGUCUGUUUCUAUUUUGCACUACAUUGUUAAUAAAAUCAUUCCCGUUCUAAAUUCAACCAUUUCAUUUUACGCACGUAUCAAUAAACGUAAAAAGGUAUAAUUUGAUUUUAGUUCUUGUAUACCUUUCCAGGUUCAUGGUUGUUUCCUCCCCGUGGGGCGCGGAGCUCAUUAUCAGGCGCCCUGUACAGCACGGGGGCUUUCUGUAACACGAGCGCGUCCUUUAAAAUAGAGAGUCGCUACAUACUGCCUGCGUGUUACAAGACUGAAAAUAAACAAUUAAUCUACGAGGAGGCUAAGUCAGCUUGUGAAGGUAACAAUAUGGCUUUGCUAAUUUCAUGGAGUGUUGCGAAAGUUAUUGUAACAGCACUGCUUAGAUCAUUUCAUAGAGUGUUGUGUAGAGUUACUGUAACAACACGGCUUAGAUCAUUUCUUGUGGUGUUGUGUAAAGUUACUGUAACAACAAGAUUUUGAUAAAUUUGUUGGUGUUCUGUAAAUUUACUAUUUAAAAAAGUCUUAGAUCAUUUGUUGUGGUGCUGUGUAAAGCUAGUGUAAAAAUAAGGCUUAGAUCAUAUAUUGUGGUGUUGUGUAAAGUUACUGUAACAACAAGACUUUGAUCACUUCUUGUGGUUGUGUUCAGUGUUACUGUAACAAUGCGGCCAAUAUAAGUUCUUCUGGUGUUGUGUAAAGUUACUUUAACAUCAAGGUGUAAGAAAAUUUCUUGUGUGGUGUAAAGCUACUGUAAAAACAAGACUUAAAUCAUUUCUUGUGUUGUUGUGUAAAUUUACUGUAACAGCACGGCUUAGAUAACAUUUUUGGUGUAGUGUAAAGUUACUUUAAAAGCAUGGCUUAGAUAACUUCUUGUGGUGCUGUAUAAAUUUACUUUAACAACAAAUCUUAGAUCAUUUCUUGUAAGAAUGUGUAAAGUUACUGUAAAAACAAGGCUUAGAAACUUUCUUGUCGUGUUGUGUAAAAUGACUUAUAAAUAAGAAUGGUACGCUAUGAAAAAAAGUAAUAUAUUUCAAUCGUUAUCAUUAAAAAUAGACAAGACUAAGGACAUGAUUGCAUUUAGGCAAUGCGCUUUUAACCCCAAUAUGAAAAUACUUAGACUUUGAGAAAAAAUAUUUCUAAAAUUGAGUAAAAAACAGUAGCGUAUUGUAGUGGUUCCCAAACUUAUAAUUUUUGCGGGCUGGUGGUCACGAUUCAAAAUUCAACCACAGAAAAAAAUUUGUUUUUUCUUUUUUUAAAGUUUGAUUUUACAAAAACAAAAAAUGAAUACAUAACUGAAAGUAAGAAUCGUGACCUGGUGCUUGUUUGCAAACCAACAGUUUGUGAAAGCUGGCCUGAGCCUUUCAAACGUUAACAAAAUCUAACCGCCCCUGGCUGCUAUUCAAAAAGACAAUCUAAGCACACAAGAGACAUACUUCUGAACUAAUAUAUGUUAUGAAGCCAACAUUUCAAAAUAACUGUAUAGAGUUCUAACCGUCAUAAUGUAUUUUAAAAGUAAACAUAUAACAAAAAAAAAAAAUAAACGGUCUGUUCGAGUUAUUUGACUCGCCGAGGAGACUCGGGGACAUCCACACAGGUGUUGCCUCUUCGUGGCGAGGCAGAUUGGUGGGUUGGGGGCCAUUUCCACCCGAAGAUCAAAACCCCGGUCAACUGUAUGACUCUCAGUUCAACGGGAAUAUAAACAAAAUAGCAUGAUUGCUUGUGGUCGUUAAUAGAGAUGAGGUUUUUGGGGUGGUAAAACACAUGCCAAUGAUUUUAGCUAUGUUACUGUGAGAAAGCUGCUCCGAGGCAAUCGUGUCGUCCCAGCUUUUCGUCCUGACAGAAGGACUCCAUGGGCGGUGGGGGAUCGUAAUGUUACAACAUUUCCCCGGAGAGAAAUCAAACCCACCAAAAAUUUUGGAAGAGUUGACUGCGAACGCUUUAACGCAACGUUUUCGUUCGAAAAGACGCACAUGGGGCCGGGGGAAUAUAUCAGCGUGCCGCCACAAAUUCUGUCGAUGAGGAGAUCCGGCGUCUGGCCCGUGUGCAGGUGUGACAGGGGAGGGCAUCAAGUUUCUGCCCUGCAAGGUUCACCGACGCCAUAUCCCAAAGUUACUUAUAAUUGUAUGAAAACGAGAUGAAUUUUUUGAUAUAUUGUUAAAAGGCGCCCUUUUUUUAACGAAAUUGCCGCUAGUACUCACUUAAGGUAUUUACAGGAAUAAUCCGAAAAGGCCACACAUAUUGUUUUGGCACCUCCUUUCUGGAUGAAGCAUACGAAAAUACUCUACCAUAUCUUGGUUUAUUUAAUCUACGUCCUUUAAUUUUCUGUCCGACGCAUUUCGAGAGAUUCUGUCUUUAGUUGAUCGGGAAACAAAUAUUGUUUACCUGAGCGAUUGCUAGAGGAAAUCAAACACUUAGACGUAACGUCGAUGCAGCUUACCUUUCAUAAACAUCAUUAGCUAUAAGUUUCUUACCACACAUGCUAAAAGGUGCCUACCUUAUCUUUAAUUUGGCGUUGAAGUCAACAAUCAGACCCUGAGUUUUCUGAAUGUGUUCCAGGUUUAAAUAUCAUGACUAGUAUCUCCUUUUUCACAUUGCCAUAUUUUUGACCCAGUUAUGUUUACAGCUAGUAACGAAUAAUAUUCUCUAAUUCGAAUUCAUUAAUAAAUCUUGGAAUGCAUUAUUUUUAUCCCUAUUACUAAUUAAUAUCUUCUUAAUCACCUUUAUUUGUUUUUAGAAAAAUAAUUUUUAACGCAUGCACUAAAACUAGCAGCAUUUUAACUCACAGAUCUUGGAAGUUUGAACUGUGGAAAGUGUCAACUCAUCUGCUCUACUAACUAACUUACUUAAGAAAAUCAGCAAACACCGAGCCGAGGCUCAUAUGGUCCUCCCAAACGCACCACCCCGCCAACCAGACCGGCCUUCAACCACUCCCCCAGUGGUCUUUAUUCCGAUCGGGCCGCGAAGUGGCACGCCAGGGACGCUCCGCCCCUAAGACCGCCACACCCGACCUCCACUCGAUUGGCCGCUGAGUGUGGCAGCCCCAGAGAAGAAACACCUGGCCAGCCGGAUUGCUACUCACGCUGCAACAGGGCCGGGCUUUCUAGGGGGUUGGGGUGGAUAUUUAACGUCUCUAAAGUCAACCCUUACUACCCCGGGGGGGACCGCGUAGUUGUUUAAGACCGACGCCCUCUACUAGGGUUUGUAUGGUUAUUCUACGGCGCGACUAAUUCACACUGUAGAUGGGAGAGAGAGGUUGCCUAGGAGCAGUACCCUCAAGACUGCUCUACUAAAUGUUUUAAUUCAUCAAGUUCUUUCACACGAUGAAAUAUCUCGUACUAAUAUUGAAUAAAAUCAAGUCGUUUAUCACAAUAAAUGUAACCGUACUAUCUUAUUAUUAACACACUAGCAAAAAUUACCCGAUGUUAUCGGGAUAAUAACUAACGGUAGCUCUAUCGCGAUAAUUUCUACCUGCUAUUGCAAAAACUCUUCCUGACUUCUAACUUUAAAAAGAAGUAUCUAUGUUUUAAUAUUUACGUUUCAAACAUCAUUAAGUUUUGAGAAAUAUUUACCUGCUAUAUAUUAAACAUUUACCCUACGUCCUUUCACGCCCCUAUAUUACUUUUUUCCAUCUAAACAUGACCUUAAAUUACCCCGUCUUAAUUAGCAGCAAUUAUACCAUUUUUCUCACUAAAGAAGUUAAUUGAGGGUCGAUUUCUACGCUACAGGAGUACUUUAGAUUUACACCUUUUCGUGCCCUUGAUUUACUUUUUUCCCCUUAAAAUUGAGAAAAAAACAUAAUAAUAUGAUAUAAAUAGAUUUAAUUUUAAAGCAAUGUGAUAUAUUUCUAUCUUCUUAAAAAUGUAAAACAAUCUUUUGCCUUUUUUAAAAAAAUUAUACAUUAUCAGAAUCUCGUAAAACAAAGAAUUCUUUUAUUUAAAGAAGAUUCUAGCAAACAUGACUAUUUUUUCUAAAUUUAAAUUGUUAAUCUCAUAAAAAUAGACAUCUGGUUACUUUUUGCAAAGUAAAAACAAAAAUAUAUUUUAAUUUUUUGAAAGUCAAUAUUAACCCAUCCUUAUUUUUCAAAAUUAAUUUUUCGAGUGUGUAAAAUGAUUGAGUCUUGAUAUUCAUUGGUAUACUAAUAUAAAUGUACAGAUAUUUAAAGCCUUAAAAAAAUAACUUAAAUGGCAAAGAUAUGUUUGUUAAAAAGAGAAUGUACUAUCUCUUAUUUUACAAAUGUGAUAUCAUAGGAGUUAACUAUUAUGUCAUCGACGUUAAAAGGUACACAUCUUAUUUCCUACCUCUGACAUUUAUUUAACCAUGAUAAUUAAUUAUUUAUCAAAUUCAUUCCAAUUAUUUUAAGACUAUUUUGUGCUGCCUUAGGCAAAAUGGACUUACACAUAUUUGUAAAAAAAAAAUAAAAUGUAACAUCUCUUUUUCACAAAUGUAAUACCAUAGGAUUUAAAUAUAGAGUCUUCCACGUGAAAAUGUACACAUCCUUUUUUCUUCCUCCUAUAUAUAUAUAUAUAUAUAUAUAUAUAUAUAUAUAUAUAUAUAUAUAUAUAUAUAUAUAUAUAUAUAUAUAUAUAUAUAUAUAUAUAUAUCCAAGAAGGAAUUAUUUGUCAAAUUCAUUCCUUAAUUUGAGACGUAUCUUUUGCUGCCUGGGGCAACGUGACCUUUCGCUUCCUCCACCCGGAUUUAUAUAACAUUAAAAAACAUUCCACCGGAUUGCAGUCCCUUCCAUACCCAAACUAAGAUAUUUUGCUCUUCAUAUGGUUCGUUCUUAUAUGUAUGAGUUAUAAGUGUAUAAGUGAAUGUUUUUUGGAGUUGUGCGGCAUUGAUUGAGUUAAACAGAUUUUUCUUAUUAGAAGUAUAUUUAAAGGUUACGUUUUAAUUACGUUAUUAAUUGAAUAAAAGAAUAUUUUUGGAAUUAAAAAAGGAAAACUUAUCAAAUGUUAAAAAUACAAAGAUAAAAUGUGUGUGUGCUUUAUUUACAACUUAAAGAGCAAUCAAUGAAAUUUAUAAAUUUUAUUUUUAAGAAGGGGUAAAUACAUUCUGGGUUUUUUUAACGCGCGGUUAUUAAAUCAAAGAAACUUAAGAGUUUUGGCAAACAUUUGCGAUUCACGCGAUGACGUCAUUUGUGUGUUAAUAAGAAGAAAUUAAUUUUAAUUUUAUUUCGCAACAUUAAAAACGCACUAAAAAACAACUGAUUUUUUGGGUUUUCCCAAUAAAUGUGAUUACGACGUAAUUCUUAAAACAUAACUUUAUUUUGAACUUUUUUUUUCCAUAAAUUUAAAUUCAGAUAAACUACUUAAAAUAUUUCCUUUGUUGUCACUUUAAAUAUAUCUGUAAUUUAUAAUAAUAAUACUUACACUUUUAGUGAAAUAACAGCAGAUUUAAAAUAUUUUUUGCGAAUUUAAAUUUAUUCGAUUUCCGUAAAAUAAUAGAAACUAACUAUGAUUGAUCUUAGGUAUCCCAACGUACUUCAAUCGUAUCGGUGUCACUAUUGCCUGAUCUUAUAUUGAUAUAAAUAAAUAUACAUAUAUAUAUAUAUAUAUAGUAAACUCCAUACACAUACGAAUGCAGCGCAGCUUGCUAUCAAACCGACAUAAUACACAUCCUACUUCCAUCAAGUUCCAUUCAAGAUUCUAUUUUUUUUUAGUUUAACAAUUCAUUUGCAUGCUUGCUGGUGAAGCUAGUCAGUGUCUUAUUUUUUAACCUUAGCUCUAUUGCAGGCUAGGAAUCUAUCAACUACUUUCUAGUUGAAAACACUCCAGAAUGAGACAAAGCUCUAUUUUUUUCCCCCAGCUAUGCAUUCACAUCUAUAUUCAGUGAAGACGGAAGAAAAACUAAAUUUAUUACAAACAAUUAAUGCCCAAGACUACUGGAUUGGUCUUAAUGACGUACAGUUGAACGGUACUUUAAGAUGGACGGAAGACGGAACCGAAUUUGAUGAGAGCCUAAGGGGCUUACUCUUUGACUCAGGUAAACGUUGUGGUUAUUUUUUUUAUGGAUGUUGCUAUUCCAUGAAAUGCUGCAGCUAUUUAAGUGGUAGGGACUAUGUCAUGUAACGCUUCAGUUAUUUAUGUGUUAGUGGCUAUGCCAUGCAUUGUGGUAGUUGUUGUGUUUUAGUGAAUAUGUCAUGUAAUGCUUCACUUAUUUCUGUGUUUGUAACUAUGUUAUGUAAUGCUGCAGUUAUGAAUGCGUUACUGAUUAAGUCACGUAAUGCUGCUGUUAUUUGUUAGUGACUCUUUCAUGUAAUGCUGCCAUUAUUCAAGUGUUAGAAAUUAUGUCAUGCAAUGUAGUAGUUGUUUAUGUGUUAGUGGUUGUGUCAAGUAAUGCUGCCGCCAUGUUUGCGUUAGUGACUAAGUCAUGUGAUGACUCUGUUAUUAAAGCACUAGAAAUUACGUCAUGUAAUGUAGUAGUUGUUUAUGUGUUAGUGGUUGUGUCAUGUAACGCUGCAGUUAUUUAUCUUUCUUGUACUAUGCCAUGUAAUGUGGUAGUUAUUUAUGACGUAGUGACAUGCAAGGUAAUGAUUAUGUUAAAAACUAUGUCAUGUAAUGAUGCAAUCAGAGACGCCAAGAGAUUUUAACUUAAGCAACUUUGUUGUGAUGACGAAGCGAUGCGAUUGUGUGAAGGUUUGACUGGACAAACUGAUUGCAGCUUUGUAUUUUAUUUUUUAUAGAAUAACCCACAAUUAAUACAUGUUCUAAAUCCUUGACAGGUACAACAAACAAUGCGUCCAAUGUUGGAGAUUGUAUUCUGUACAAUGUUCAGUCUCGGCGGCUGAGUGCAUCCAAUUGUUCUUCACCUUUUAAAUACGUUUGUGAGAUGAGUCCAAAGGCUUGAAAGGUAUUUUCUGAGACUCGGAAUGAGGUGAACUGAUCUGUCCCGUUAAUUCAUGAUUAAGG